AAAACAUCAAUGAGAAAACUGAUGAAAUAACUGCAAGUGAAGCUCUCAUUGCUAUAAGCAAAUCAGCAAAUGGGGAAAAUGCACAAAUUGCAGUGAUAGUGCUAAACAUAAAUCAAGUAAUAAAAAUGCUGAGAUUUCCAAUGUUAUAUUAGAUAUAACCUCAGUUAGCUCAGAAAAUGAAGGAGAUAAAGAUUGUACAAAUCAGUCAAAUGUUCAUGAUGAUGAAAAAGAUACUGAUAAACAGAAUACUAGGCAAAAUGCUGAUAAGCAAAGUGGAGGAGUAGAUGACAAACAGUCUGCUAUAAAUAUCAGCAAAACUUUCAUAUCAGCAGGCCAAAUGAGAAAAAUAUCUCAGAAAGCUACUCCAUAUCCAAAGGAAAAUGAGGAAACUUGUGAAAAACAGGAUAAAUGGUCAUGUCCUACAUGUGGUAAACUUGGUUCACGGGCCAUGCUGUCAUAUCAUAAGUAUCUUCAUAAAGAAGAAAAGGAACUUUCUUGUGAUAAAUGUGGAAAACAGUUUCAGCAUCCAACUUGCCUCAAGGUUCACCUUAGGAGCCAUGAAGAGAAGAUUUACAAAUGUGAAAGAUGUCUAGCUAAGUUUAGCCGGAAGAAGUACCUAGAAACCCACAUGUUUAAGCAUUCUGGGGAGAAACCUUACAUGUGUGAGACUUGUGGGAAAGCCUACAGGUAAAUGUUUUCUGAUAGUU